AUGGCGGAGACGGCUGAGAUGAAGCAAAACCCCAUGGGUCUUGGAGCAGCAACUGAUCGGGGGAGACUACAAGUGAAGAGUGCGCAAUUGCAACCGGCAUUCCAGGCCGCCCUCAAAGUCAAUGGGGAACCGGGACCUGCGAUCCUUUCCAACAGCCGAUCAAGCAACACUCCCGCCGCUGGUCCAACCCCUUCAGGCUCGACUCCACGAGACGCUUCCCCUGACAGACUGACCCCCUUCUCCACGGCAUCGAAGACGUCAAGUGCCCUGAAAAAAGGCUAUGGCUCUGGAUCAAACCUCGCCCGAAGCGUGACAAACGAACAAUCGUCCAGCGCGAGAGAACCCGCUGACUCGGACAAUGCCUUGCCAAGCAAUGGAACACCCACGGCAGGCAGGAAGAGUGUGCAGUUUUCUCGAGACACCCAAGAGAUCAGCCCUCAUAGCAAUGGCCACACCACGCCGCCGGCUGGCCGAGGAGAUAAUUCAGAGCAAGACAAACCUCACUCCUUGUAUGCCAGGUUAAGGUCACUGGCUAUACCUCAAGGAUAUUCGUUCAGUCACAGUCGGUCUCCGAGCGGCCUGUCUGCGAGUGGGCGCUCCAUGGAGGGGAAGGAUGUCGAUAACCAAAUUCCUACCCAAUCUGGUCGUAAUGAGACGGGGCUCGCCGCUACCUUGGAGGAGGAUAGCGGCGCUGAAGCCGACGCCGAUGCGGAUGAAAGUAGUGCUGCAGAGAACAGCGUGUCACAGUGGGCGACUCGAAAACGCCGGCGGAGAAUACAACGCUUUGAUGACAUUGAAACCGCGCCAUCAUCCCCCCACAGUCUUAUGCGUCCAGGCUUUGCAAGUGCUCCCAUGAACUCCGAUGCGGAGGCGGACAGGCCUCGUAUGCUGAUCAGAAGAGCCACGGAUACCGAUAUGAUCAACAGUCCCCAGGGUGUCUCUGAGGACGAAGGACGCAAACAACUCAUCAAUAACAGUGGUUGGACACCUCGUCAUCCUCUUCGUGGUUUAAGCUAUGGUGGUCAAAGAAAGACAGGUGAUACUACACCAGAGGGUCUAAGAAGGCCUCUGACCCUCCUGAAUUUUUCCGGCAUCACUUCCUCUCGAGAAGCUGGUUCAAGUGAAGCGCAAACUCCUAAAACACCCUCUCGCCGAAAGAUGCUGGCCGAGCGAAGUUCAACCUUAAGUGCUGCCAAAUGGAGGCAACUCAAGAACAGUUUGAAGACGCUGGGUCAGAGUAGGAAGAAACCCCCAACUCCCGAAGUCCAAAGAUCGGCUGCCCUGCUCGCUGAAUUGGCUGCCGGAGCUCCUGCGGCCCUGAUGCUCGCCAGUAUGUUCCAGCGUGACGAGCACAAUCAUAGGAGAGUGCCAGUGCUUCUGGAACAGCUCAAGGUCCAGGUCACGGACAGCGAAGUCGACCAGCACAAAAUUAAGGAUGAGAAAGCAAUCAGGGAGGAUGACGAGGACAAGGUCCUACGGCAUCUGAUCUUCAAGAUCGAAUGCGAAUAUGGUAACGGUGCGAAUCGGAUGAAAUGGGUUAUUAAACGAUCGCUUGGAGAUUUCAUUAAAUUGCACUUGAGAUACAAAGCCGCCUAUAACACUGGGAGACUUAGAUUAAGAAGCGACGGGCGCAAGAAGAUGCCAAAGUUUCCUUUGGAGGUGUUCCCAUAUCUGAAAUCUUUACGAUUGUUCGCCGAUGAAGGUGAUGACGAGGAGGCAGACGCCGGUGAUGAUACCGAACCAGGCACUGCAACAGACACCGAAAGGCCAACUCCUCGAAGCCAGACUCGACCUGGGAUCACAGCAGGACGGCGGAAGUCGAGCGUGGCAGGACUUCACGAUCCUAUAACUCCCGGGGGCACACGCCGAGAGAUUUUUGCCGAGCGCCAACGCAAGACUCUUGAAAAGUAUUUGCAACAGAUGACACAGUUUAUGCUAUUUCGCCCGGAGAGCAAUCGCUUGUGCAGGUUUUUGGAAAUAUCGGCUCUUGGCGUGCGUCUCGCUGCUGAGGGUAGUGAGCAUGGCAAAGAAGGGCUUUUGCUCAUCCGAUCGGCUAAAGGGCUCGAUUUCAGAGCCUUGAACGCCCUCGAGUUUAAGAAGCGACAUACUCCGAAGUGGUUUCUGGUCAGACACAGUUACGUCGUCUGUGUGGAUUCGGCGGAGCAAAUGCAUAUAUAUGAUGUGUUUUUGUUCGAUUCGGACUUCACGAUACAGUCCCGGAGGUUGCGGCCGAGCGAUCAGAGAAGCGCUAAGGAACUGGCAGAGGCAGCAAAGGAGUCUGCAAAACAUCCACAACACCAUCGUCUGAAAUUGGUCAACUCGGAAAGAAAGUUGAAACUCAUCUCUAACAACGAACGCCAGUUACAACAAUUCGAGGAGUCCAUAAGAGAAAUGGUUGCGGGAUCACCCUGGGCCAAGAUCAACAGAUUCGACAGCUUUGCUCCAAUAAGACCGAAAUGCUUUGCCCAGUGGCUUGUUGACGGCAGAGACCACAUGUGGGUGGUAUCUCGCGCCCUGAACCAAGCCAAAGACGUCAUUUAUAUCCAUGACUGGUGGUUGAGCCCGGAGCUGUAUAUGAGGCGCCCUCCUGCUAUCAGUCAGAAAUGGCGUCUUGAUCGACUGCUGAAGAGGAAAGCUGAAGAGGGGGUCAAGAUUUUCGUAAUUGUCUAUCGCAACAUCGACGCCGCUAUUCCAAUAGACUCUCAGUACACCAAAUUCUCUCUCUUGGACCUCCACCCGAAUAUAUUUGUCCAGAGAUCACCCAACCAGUUUCGACAAAACACCUUCUUCUGGGCGCAUCAUGAAAAGAUAUGUAUCGUCGACCACACUGUAGCCUUUGUCGGAGGCAUUGACUUGUGCUUUGGCAGGUGGGAUACUCCUCAACACACACUUGUUGAUGACAAGCCCACCGGCUUUGAGCCGAGUGACGAACCCAAGGAUGCAGACCAUUGCCAACUGUGGCCGGGGAAGGACUACUCUAAUCCACGAAUACAAGACUUCUAUGCGCUUAACAAGCCAUACGAAGAGAUGUACGACCGAUCAAGGGUAGCUAGAAUGCCGUGGCAUGAUAUUUCAAUGCAGGUUGUCGGGCAACCGGCUCGCGACCUGACUAGACAUUUUGUCCAGAGGUGGAACUACAUCCUGCGGCAGCGCAAACCAACACGUCCGACGCCGUUCUUACUUCCUCCUCCAGACUUUAAUCCGGCUGACUUGGAAGCACUUGGUCUCGAUGGAACAUGUGAAGUCCAGAUUUGUCGCUCCGCCGGGCCUUGGUCAUUGGGCACUCCGGACAAGACGGAACACAGCAUCAUGAACGCCUAUAUCAAGCUGAUCGAAGAGUCCGAGCAUUUUGUCUAUAUUGAAAAUCAGUUUUUUAUCUCCAGCUGUGAGACGGAAGGCGCAACGGUACACAACAAGAUUGGUGAUGCGCUUGUCGAACGUAUCACCCGUGCCAGCAAGAACGAGGAGGCUUGGAAAGCUGUGAUCAUCAUUCCAUUGAUUCCUGGUUUCCAGAACACGGUCGAAGAGGAAGGCGGGACGAGCGUGCGAUUGAUUAUGCAAUAUCAAUAUCGCAGUAUCUGUCGUGGAGAAUCAUCCAUAUUUGGUCGACUGAAGGCUGUUGGCGUCGACCCAGAAGAAUACAUCCAAUUCUACAGCCUUCGUCAAUGGGGUAGAAUUGGCCCACGCAAGACGCUUGUGACCGAACAACUCUACAUCCAUGCUAAAUGUAUGGUGGUUGAUGACAGGGUUGCAUUGAUCGGAUCCGCGAACAUCAAUGAACGAUCAUUGCUGGGAAAUCGCGAUUCCGAAUGUGCGGCUAUUGUGCGUGAUACAGAUAUGAUCUGGUCAACGAUGAAUGGCAAACCAUAUCAGGUUGGCCGGUUCCCGCAUACACUCCGCAUGCGUUUGAUGCGUGAACACCUUGGCCUGGAUGUUGACAAAAUCAUGGAAGACGCACAAGUCAUGGAAGCAGAACACAACAAAGCACAGUCCUCAGGAAAGUCAGUCCGAUCAGAAACCCCCGAGGGCGGUUUUGGCAGCCCCCUUUCUGAAGUGGAUGACGUGCUAAGUCCGCUGCAUGGGCAAGAUACAGAACUGCAUGAAGAAUUGCUUCAACGCACUGAGGAGUUUCGAAGCUUCAACCAUGACGUGGACUGGGAGCAACAGGGCAACCCCAACCUCAAAUCGAAGCGAGCAGGCGUGACCCAAGACCCACGCGUUACCGGCGAUCCUCACCACAGGCAAGAUGUAGAAGGACACGGAUAUGACAGGAUGGCUGAGAUUGCCGCCCAAGGAUUUGGGAAUGGAAGAGACAGCACGCUUGUCAAAGGAAAUAAGGAGGUUCUAUUGUCAGACCUCGAUUCUGAGGGCAAGGCUGCGUUGCAAGAUCCACGAAAACAUGGUGAACCGCUCCGGCUGACGUCGUAUGUGAUCAAGAUGGAGACGCCAAACCCUCCGCUGCCUCCGAAGCCGGGUUUGAGACGGAUGGAUACACUUCAACUGGGCCUACCUAUGUUGUCGCAGCUUCCCCCCCUACCCCAAGGAGACGAUUCGGACAUAGGAGGUCCUACACUCGCCAAAGUUGGUUCCAAGGACUCGAUACGCCCACGCCAUCCUCUGAUUGACGAGCUCCGACGGCCGCUUGUCGAUCGGGAUUCCAUGACCGAUCCGAUCCAUGACGCAUUCUUCUACGACACUUGGCAUGCGGUGGCAGAGAAUAAUACCAAAAUAUACCGCACUGUCUUCCGGUGCAUGCCGGAUAAUCAAGUGCGUAACUGGGAUGAAUACCAUCAGUACGUGGCAUAUGAACAACGAUUCAACCAACUGCAAGGUAAUGACCUUCCGAGGGAGGACAAGGUCUCCGAUCCUUCUCGAGCUGGCUCUGUCAUUAAAAGUGGUCCACCAGGAGCCGGAUCUCGACAUCCGGCCGCGCAAAUUAAAGCUGUGACCCACAUUCCCGCCGAUAUCGAAAAGGCAACCGACGAUGUCAAGGAGAAAAUAAAAGCGGUCUUUAGCGAAGCGUCCAAAAGCGCUCAUGAGGACGCCGAAAAAGAGAAACUUCGGCGUUGGGCUGCGGAGACCAAUCAAGCGCAGGCUGAAAGACAAGGGAUGCCCACCUUGCAUCGGCAGGAAACAUUGACCGAAGAAAAGGCCGGGCUACAGACUGUCCACGAAGGACAGGCCAUCACCGACGAGGGUAGCGGGACCGGAGAAGACGACGACUUCAGCACCGAGCGACCCAUUAGCAAUCUCAGCUCCACGGCGGUGGACAGAGAGAAACCAACAUCAAACGGCACUCCACCAACCGCAAACGGUGCCUUUGUUGGCUAUUCGGAGGCGGUUAACCAGAACACUGCUCAAACCGCGGCCGCGAACGCAAACGUUGGUGGCAGUGGCCGCCGACGCAGAAGAGCUACCACUAGAUCUAGUAGACGUGACUUCAGCGCCAGCGAUGACAUCCUGACCAUCGAAGAAGCGGAGGACCUGUUAGGCUGCGUCCAGGGUCAUCUUGUCGUCUGGCCUUAUGACUGGUGA